CAGAGAAAGCCAAAAAAAUAUUGUUAUGCUAGUGCUGCAUCUAGUCAUAGGAGUAUCUGUGUGCUAAAAGUAGAAUUAGUUUGUAGCCUGCCGAUCGCCGCAUGCGUCUUUUUGAGCCGCUCAUUGACGCGAACAUCUAUAAAGUCGCCUUGUAACGCCCUUUUCAGAAACUAUCGAUGAUUCAACGAAUUUCAAGGUUCCGAGCGAAGGUGGUGGUUGCUCUUGGUGUGCUCAUAUCAAUCUUCAUAGUGGCAUGCUAUACCACGCUAGAUUACACUCAAGACCUAACAUUCAAGACCAUCAAACCGGAAGAGGACAAACCUGAACCAAAGCCUGUUGUGGGUCUCUACAAAACACCCGAGUCACAUAAGUUUUGGGAAACAAUUUUUGAUACACUUGAGAACUCUGCUAUUGAGAUCGAGAACUUCGACGAUGCCGUGAAAUAUGUCCCCAAAGAAGAACAACUUCUGGGGCCAUUGACUAAAGAAGUCCUUUUGUCCAGAGCAAUCAUAUCAGAUGAAGUUAUUAGCGAGAUGAAGUUGAAACACGACAGGGUAUUAGAGAACUUGCCUAAGAAAUUCCCUACCUCCACCUACAAGAAGGGCAGUCGAGGGGUUGUGAUGGUUGGAGGAGGAAGAUAUUCUUGGUUGUCGUAUCUUUCAAUCCUCUCACUUAGACAAACUGGUUCUGAGCUUCCUGUGGAGGUUGUCAUUCCAACUAUCAAAGAAUUUGAACGGGAAGAUGAAUUUUGUUCAAAAAUAUUACCAGCAUUAAAUGCAUCGUGCAUUCUGCUUGCGGAUACGUUCGGUCCAAUGGUAAUGUUAAAAUGGCAAGAUCAAAUCAAGAGUUAUCAAUACAAAUCAUUGGCUUUGAUGUCAUCAACAUUUCAACAUAUCCUUUUGUUGGACUCGGACAAUUUUGCUUUACAGAAGCCCGAACUAAUAUUCGAUAGUGAAUUGUAUGCGGCAAAUGGAAUGAUAACUUGGCCAGAUUAUUGGCAAAGAACAGUUUCUCCAAAAUUUUAUGAAAUAGCGGGAAUUGAAGUCAAUGAAUUGAAAAGAGUAAGGUAUAACCGUUUUCCGUUGAAAACUUCAUCCAAAGAGGAGAUGAAUAUGUCAGACGAUGACCUUGCAAGUGUUCCUUUUCACGAUUUGGAAGGUGCCUUACCAGAUUUAUCCACUGAAUCAGGACAAUUGAUGAUAAAUAAAGCCACUCAUGGAAAAACAUUAAUGUUAUCACUUUACUACAAUGUUUAUGGUCCAAAAUUGUAUUAUAAAUUAUUUUCACUCGGCGAGCAAGGAGAGGGUGAUAAGGACACAUUUGUUGCUGCUGCUGAAGUAACUGGAGAAAAGUAUUAUCAACUUAAAUCUUUCAUUCUCACAGCAGGCUACCUAGACUCGAAUAAUAAAUUCGAAGGAGUUGCAAUGGGUCAGAAAGACCCAUUGAGUGACUACCAAAUUUACCAAGAGAAAGUCCUCAAAGAUGCUUCAACCGAUAAUUUAUCAAUUGACGAACAAAUUAAGAAGCUCAAAGAAUUACAGGAUAAAGAUUUCGAAUCUCGUGCUGGCACUCCACUUUUCACAUUGCAUUGCAAUUACCCAAAACUUGAUCCAUUGGAUUUGAUCACAAAGGACAACAUUUAUGAAAAAGACAGCAUGAAACUCAAAUACAGAUUGUAUGGUAAUUUCAAAUAUCCGAACAACUCUGGAGAUGAACAGAAAGAGAUUGAUUUUGAGGCUACCCAAUGGGCCCAUAUAAAUAAAGCAUUGUGUGAGGAUAAGUUGCAAUUUGAGCACUUUUCCAAAGCAAAUAUGGAGGACGUAUGCAGUUUCGCUCACAAUCAAGUUAACUGGCUCUCAUCUUCCGAUUGA